AUGCGUUCAGUGGGCAAGUCGGAGCGCUCCCUGGCCCUCGGCCUGCAGUUUGUCAUCAUCCGCCUACUGGCCAAUCUGCCCUCACCCAUCACUUUUGGUCGUGUCAUUGACGGCGCCUGUCUCUCCUGGCGUGACGAGUGUGGCCGCAGGGGUGACUGUGCCCUCACGGACCGCCGUUACCUCACUUUUUACCUAACCGGUAUGUCUCCGGUCGAUAACGGCCUUUUUUGUCCGUUGUGGCUGCUGUCUGCAGUGCGUACAGAAGGGUGGGAGGGGGAAGUUAGGACGCCUCCACACCUGACGAUCAAAUUCAUUUAGCGACGCUCUUGCCCAUCUUCUGUGCCUCGUGAUUUUCGAUCUACUGUGAUCGCUCGUGGAUUUAGCUGAAAUGUAAUCACCCACCCCUCCCAGAUCGCACUGCAUCCCGCGAACGCGGUAACUCCUACCACCACCAACGUCAUUGUAAAGCGGUCUUAACCGCCGACACAUUAGUUUUACUCGCCUGACGUUUCGGGUUCACGCUGCAGUCCAUCAUCAAAGACUGUCUCAGAUAAAGAUACGGUCGUGUCCCAACUGCUUCCGAGAGAUCGUAUCUUCGCUUGUAUCCAACGUCACUGUCAAGUGUCGUUCAUAUUCCUUGCGAGAACGGUACCGACAGAGCCACCCAUCAAUAAUAUCAUCCUAUAUUAACACGCCUAGACCUCUAAACCGUGCACUGUCAUUAGACAAGUAAGGAAAGGGCGUGGAUGGCCGAACGACAGCUGGACCACUUCAGAACCGUGAAGUGAGUAUGAUAAACAUACUGUCACAUGUGUCGUCUCCGAGGUCGGCAACCAAAUGUAGACGUCUUCUACCCAACGACAGUAAGUAGCGACCGUGUAACCGUGGAUUUCAGAGGGGGGGGGGCUUGUUUUAUUUAAGUCGUGCCCAUCACUUUUCUCGCUUAUUUUUUCCCCCAUGGCUUCAGUAAACCUUGUCCGUCUGACUGUUUUCCAUGCCUUCUCAUUUGGAAACCUUUAAAUUGGCAACUAUUGCACCUUAAACGUCUCCGUAGUGUAUUCAGUUUAUUUGUUCGAGUUUCUGGGCGGUAUCUUAUGGUUUCCGACCAAAGACGAUGUUUAUACAGUGCAAUUUUUGAAUGUUACUGGCUUCUUGAUGAAAGACGGAUGCCACGAAGCCUACCUGCAAUUGGUGUCACCCUAAUACCUGGGAACACAGCCGUGUCUUUCAGGAUUGUGCUGAACAUGAAGGACUCCGUCGGUUUACAUGUUUUGCGGAGCGCUAUCUACGCCUGCGCUGCCAUUCCUGGGCUUUGUUUGGUCCAUAAACUUAAUUAGUCGCCGUUAGCCCCGCCUACUUACAGACGGCUUCCUCCCCCCACCCCACCAUCAUCUCCAAAAAUGACCUUGUUUUUGCCUGUGGGAAUUCAUCUACCUCCAUUCAGCCUGACGUCCAGCUCCAUCUUCUCACCUAGCCCUGGAUUUCUCGCGUAGACACUGCCUGCCCGCCGCAACAUUGCUCCACUUUCCACUCCUCUCCAUCCCCCUCCCCCCACCACCACCAUAUCCCCCUAUUUUGCCUGGAACGCCAAUCCUUCCUGUUCCUCCCCCGCCGUUUCUCUCUCUCUCUCUUGCUGUCUCCACCGUCUACCCAAACGUCCUUGCCCGCAUCCUUCCUCUACCAAUGCAGUGCCUGUUGUGGCGCUUGUUUUGUUGCCUGGUUCUCUUAUCCUUCCAAUUUCGCUCUUCCUACCCGUAGGCCCUGGAUUUGUUUCAUUUUUUUUCAUCUGCUUGCUGCCCUUGAGCGCGAUUGGAGAGGAGGAGGGGAAGUUUCUGUCCACGCAGUUGAAUCAAGCUGAAGCAAAAACCUGUUGGUUCGGAUGUGGUUUGGUAGCCCCACCUGAAGUAAGCGAAUCCCAGUCACCGCUAAUACGGGACCGGUAGUAAUAGGGGUUUUUACAGGUGGAGCCGGGGAAGGCGCAGGCAACGAAGUGUCAAGUAGUUGUGUGCCAAAGGAAAGCUAUUGGGAGUGCGUGCUUGUACUUUCAGUGGUUGAGAAAUAGUUGCGCUAACCCCUAACUAUAACCCCUAAUCCUAAACCCUGGCCUUUAACCAUAACCGCUAACUAUAACCCCUAACACCUAGCCAAAACCCUUAACCCCAACGCCAAUAGUAUUGUAUCCAUCUGGUGGGGCUACCAAACCACAUCUUACCGCCUGUUGUACUCAUGUGAGGCACUUUCUUUCCAAUCGUCGGGGCCUGCCCUCCCCAUUUUCAUACUUAGAUUAUACGCAUAGGAGUCGGAUACCAGGCUUGGCUAGAUCGCAUUUGGUAGCCCGGACCCGUAUUACAGGUGGCUUUCCUUUUGCAUACAACUACUUGACACUUCGUUGCCUGCGCGUUCCCCGGCUCCACCUGUAAAAACCCCUAUUACUACUGGUCCCGUAUUAGCGGUGACUGGGAUUCGCUUACUUCAGGUGGGGCUACCAAACCACAUCCGACCGGGGCUAGAUCGCAGUUGGUAGCCCGGACCCGUAUUACAGGUGGCUGGGGGGGUUGUUUACUGGGGCUAUUUUGUGGGGCUCCAUAAUCACAUCUGUCCCAUUUGGCUUCCGUAUUACGUCUGACGUUAGGAUUAGGGUACAAGUUAAUGGUGGCCGAUUUUCAGGUUAGGGUUACGUCCUUAGGCUUAGGUUUUCGAGUUAAGGUUAGGGUUUGAGCGUACGAAUGGGUUUCAGUAUUACGGUUUGGCUUCUCAGAUACAGCUAUGUCUAAGGGUUACGGUUGCGUUUAAGAUUUUGGUUGGGGUUAGUGAUGCCGAUAGGGUUAACGUUUAAGGUUGAGGUUGGGGUUAGGGUUGAGGUUAAGAUUAGAGUUAAGUUCGCCGUCCGCUUCCCAUUCCUGGCUACCAACUGCGAUCUUACCCCAGGCUUUACCGGUUUCAGCUUUAGAAAGACUGCGGGAACUCCGACCAACUAUCCUUCGAGUGCAUACCUUUGGCGCAUUGUGGCGGAGUUUGUUCGGCAGAUCGAUUUGGAUUUUACCUGUAAACGGCGCAAACAGCAGUAGACACAGUGUGAUCGCCGGCAGACGAUUGCAGCCGGACAAGUCACACUUGACGUUUCGUCUCUCAAUCUCGAUUAGUGUGAAACACAGAAUGUCGCUUAUUGCUGAAAAGGGAUUAGACCGUCCGUCACAUUUUCGAACAAACUCUUAUUGUUUCCGUCAUUGCGCCUUUUCUCUCCCCAUAUUUUCGCUUCUCCCCCUUCCCCCAACCGUCACGCUGUAUGACGACGAUUUGGCCCCUGAACUGUGCCCUUCUGCAGAUUCUCUAUGCGCUUCCAUGUACUUUCGAUUUGAGCCUAGAACAGUCUGCUUAGGCAAGUGUGGAAGAUACCCUUAAAUUUCUUUAAGACUCCGAACUCACCUUGUUGGCUCUCUCCUACGCCACCUCAACGGCGCUUUAGCUGUUUUCUUCACACUUGAACCAAUCCUCUUUUCGUAGCCACAGUGCCCUGCUCAUCCCGUUGCGCCUUGUCUGUCAAUCUACAGCCCUCGUAGACAGUCGCAUAGUGAUCAGUAAUAGUGCAGGAAGAAGCAGCGAUAAAGACGAGGGAUACUGGAAUGACCAUGCCUAACCUCAGGUUUGGGUACCUUUACUGGCCGCUAUGCGGCUUCAUGUGAGGGUUCUAGAUUGAACCACAAGAGGCCACGGGAAGAGCAUAUUCCGCAACCUGAUAUGUGUGUGCACUUCCACUAUCAUUAAUAGUAGCAGACUUUUUCGGCAGAUUUGAAUGAUUCCUUUGACCCAAUUUUGAAGUACUCGACGACCUCGGUGGGAUUUGAACCCACGACGGAAAGGGCAAGGCUUAUGUACAACCAACGUUCUAGCCACCUAAGCUACAAGGCCCUGAUCGGGAGCCGUGAGUCUAAUCCGAUUCGAGUUAACUUACCGUUCCGUGUCCUAACACUAACCCUAAUCCUAAUCCCCUUGAGAUCUUGCGCAAAGUCACCUCUUAUACGGGGAGGUCCAUAUUCCCCAUGCCCUACUGUCAUGUUUCCAUGCGUCGGCAUCCACUAUGUGGAAUAAGAAAGAUUCCCGUGGCAAGGUGAAACCACCCACUUGUAAUAAGGUAGUAUUUGCUCCUUCGAACUUCCGUUAUUCCCUCUGUUCGGCUUUCGUUUAAGGCACUGUCUUCUUCUCGUGCUUUUAGAGCAUUCUAUCUAUCUAUUGGCUGAAGCACCAUUCUGUACUGUUUUGCGACUGCCCGCGAUAGGUCCUCGUGUUCAGUACGCGUUCAAGGUCGGUUCAAAGUCGGUUCUCAAGCUAUUAAGCGUUGCCAAUUCUCCCCUGGAAUAUCGUCGAAACACGCGUGUAUGGGCUUUUUGCUAGUACCUGUGUUCAUUGAUGUUUUGGCAGAUUUUUGAAUUAUUCCUAUUGACCCAACUGUGAAAAACUCGGCGCCUCGGUACCUGUGUUGUUUGUAUGGAAUCAACUUGCCCUAAAGUAUACUACUGGCUGCCUGUCGGCAGUUAAUGAAUAUUACGCGGUUAUCCGCUGUGGCUGAUGGCCAUAAAAAACUUAGGUCUGAGCCUAUAGACCUUAAAUAUGCUGAUGUACUCCAAGUUCGCAGUUAAUUUCUAAGUAAUUGAAAAAGCUACAACUCCCCUGGAAUUCGUACGAGUAAUCCGCGCUUGCCGUUUGUUAGGUCGUUACUUGGUGGGCUCCUUGACUCCCAGCUACCGAUCACGGCUAUUUGAAACGUUCUUCCCCUCCUGUCUCACGGGGUAAACAUUAGUACUAGGAAGAUUGUGGUGGUGAAAGCAGUAUUUCCGUGACGCAUCCACUUUUAGCAUUGCUUAUUCAGCACCAAACAGUUUUCCAUAUGCAGAAUAGCACCACUGACAAACACAAGGACGACUGGUACAAACACAGCCUCCGAUAGGCGAUAAACAGCACGGGGAACUUAUCAGAUCUACGAUUGCGCCUAGUAACCGGGGGCCGUGUCCUGUAAAGCAGGCGGAAAUUGACCAAAAUGAGGUACAAUAAUCAGCAUGCGAUGGUAGUGGGAGAGAGGGAAGAGCUGAAAAUGUGACAAUGGCUAUUUGGCACGGACUUUCCAGCAGGGCAGGAAAGACUAAUCACGUGAUCUCGCUGGUUUUUUUCUCCCUAUUGCCGGGAUCCUCGAUCAUUGGACGUUUUUAAUAUUUGCCCCCUACGAUUAAACCACGGUCGCGUUCUUUCUGUUUCGAAUAUUCAAAAUCCCUGAAAGGGUGUCUACGGAUUAGGUUACAAGACUUGCACGCUCCUUCGCGCCUUGAGGGUUUGAACAGGAAGUCUGCAUAGACAUUGGUAUGGCAACCAAGAAGGAGCCUCAGUAGUAGAGCGCUGGACUCAAGAAGGCCUGAUGAUGGAAGAAUUCAUGUUCAAAUCCCUGAUUAUUUAAACCGAGAAUUGCGUAAGGACUGACGGACGACAGCAAAAGAGCCUGAAAUUACCAUCCCGCCUUCCCUUGUGCUCGUCAGAAUUCCUUCCUGGGCAACGGUAGGGUGUAGGACCCCCAACUAACUUGAGCUAGCCUGUGGGCCGUAUCAUACGUUGAAUAGGUUUCAUGUGUGAGUCAACACACAGGACGGAGCUCAAUAAGACAGAAAGAAAAUGAAGUUCUGCCGAAAGUCUUACCGUAGGCUGUCAUUCGGCAAAGAAAGUGAGCGCAGUGGUUUAAAAAAUAAACAAAAAACAAUUUCCAAAAAAUAACGGACUUUGAACAAAGCGCCAAAGGUAAGUUUACAUUUAGUCAGCAAGGGAGGGAAAUUUCAAACAAAGGGGACAGUGAAUAAUAAGGGAUGCCUACAGUCACACUGAAUUGUAGGAUAUAUUUUCGGAGUUACCAUCUACUUGGGGGGGGGGUCCUACCCCCUAUCGUUGCCUCUUUCUGCACCAAUACUCCCUGCUAUGCGGCUGCCUACAAGGCCCCAAGGUACAACGGGAUGAGUAAGUCCUGUAGUCUGAUCGACGAACACCCUCUCAGCGAUGCUUCAUCGUCUUCAUGCAAGACUCGUUUGCGUCCCAUUUGAUCGGCUUCAUCGACGAAUCCUGCCUGUGUGACUUCUAGAUGACUGAGCCUGUGUAAUGCAAACCCGUCUGAACGGAGACGCCCACGGCGAGGGGGUUGGGGUGUGCACUUGCAGUGCAUAGAAUCGAUCACAGACUGGCCCCCACCUUGUCAACAGGACUUCUACGUGCUGUACUCCUUUCCAGUCAUAAGGAGAUGUGUACAUGCUGUCGGUAAACAAAUGAACAUAGGGACCGUUCAUGGACCCUGUCACGUGAACUUCAGUGCACGAUUGCUGGAUAAUAAUCAGACGAUAAUUUUGAGACCUCAUUCAUUGCCCUUCAUUUGCCUCACUUUCCUUCAUAGUUCAAUUUCCGUUCAAAACACCUCCUCAAGGUUUUUCCCGUUGCGUGGACUGGGUAUUUUAAACUCAUAAAUGGCGCUCGUGCUUCCUUGUUAUUGAAUUUAUUUUUUUUUAGUUUGGUGCACUUCCACCUUCUCUGGUAUGCCACUGUGUACUGAGCAAUGCUAAACGAUGUGGAAAUCGCUUCGGGUGUUACUUUUGUGUGCGUGUGUGCAUGCGCUUCACAGGAGCAAACAUGAGUAAAUAACUGCAAGAUGUGUAGAUAAGGUGGUGCCGGCAAUGAAAAGGGAGACCAAAAUGACCGUUUCUGGCCUAAUAGUCGCCACCAGUCUUACCUAAUCCCAAGUGUGUAUCACCUGAGAUUCGAACCCGCAAUCUUUGCUCAUUUAGUUUGGCGCUCUACCAUUGAGGCUGCGAGGGCUCUAGUUCGAGUCCCAACGGGAAGAGCACGUUCCGAAACCUGGUCAGUGAGCGCCCAUUUACCAUAGUUAGUAUUCCCGACCACAACUGCCAGGACAAAGGGCUCGUGGCCCAAUGGUAAACUGUCACACUCAAUGACCAAAUAUCCCGGGCUCGAAUCGCAGGCGAUGCACGCUUGAGCUCUGAUUAUGACUGGCUAAUGACGGCUAAUAAGCCAGAAAUGGCCACUCCGGUCUCCCUUAUCUUUGUCGGCAUCGCCUUAUCUGCCUGAUAUGAGACUGCCUGCGUGGGUUCUAGUUUGAGCCCCAAGGCGCAACGGAACGAGCACUUCCGUAACCUGAUCGGUGAGCGUCCAUCUACCAUAAUACAAGAUAUGUCUUCGACUUUAACUUGUUGUUGCGAGGUUGUUUUCACAAAUAUUCCCGGUCUGUCGGACUCAUCGGCUUACAACAUGCCUUAUACGUGACCUGAUUUUCCCUUUUGUCAGUCCUUUUCAGCUUGUUUACCCUCCUGUCUGUUUAGGGCUGGCACUAGUUGUUAAGGGGCUGAGCAUCUUCAUCUACCUCGGUCUCAUCUACUUACUGCGAGCUUCCUCCCCAGCCAACCAGACGGUGAAUGAACUGCGUGUGGCCAGUACUCCGGCCUCCAACCAGGCGACCUCCAUCGGUACAGAGAGCCCCAGGGAAGGGUCUUGA